GCUGCUCUACCUGCACUGAGACAAAGUGGAUUACUGUUGGUCUGCAGAUUUCAUAUCUCCAUUGCCUCUUUUUUGGAUUUCCUUGGACUUUUGGAUUUCUGGAUCCGGCUAACGCCUUUGCCUUUGGACAGCCUUUGGAUAGUCUUCAGACAGCCUUCGGACAGCGUUUGGACACCACACGACACCUCACCUCAGUUCAACACAUUUCACCUCAUCUUACACACUUACACAUAUUUCUCUACAUACAUCAUCUCUCUCUCUCUCUUCCUUUUGUGUGUGUUUGAAGAUGCCUCGCAAAGGGAGAAGGUCUGAGGCCCAGAAGCAGCGCUGGAGGAAGCCUGAUGCAUCCGAGAUGCCUACCCCACCUCCGCCUAUGGAUGCACCCUCCUGCUCCCGCUCUCCAUGGAACAAAACGGUUGGAUCCACCCUGCUGGCCGGACCGUUCUGGAGAGCGGAUGAAAUGCGUGCUAGCUUUCAUGCACGCCGCGGUACUGGCUACCGCCACAGGGUCCUUGAAUGGCCAACUUCACCCUUCACUGGGCGCGGCUACAAGUUGGUUAUUCCACCUGAGAUCCCUGGCAAGAAGUUUGUUCUGAUUGUCGGGGACUCCCAUCUACGCGCUCUUGUAGAUGGUUUUAUCUGGAUGCCAGAGUCUCAGCUGAGCUUUGGCUUCCUGUCGAUCCCGGGCGCGUCUGCUUCGGAGAUCCGCACCGAGGUUCUGCAUGCCGCAGUUCCUCGUGCUCCUGCCGCCGUCUGUGUUAUGGCCCCCAGCAACAACCUCACCAGCUCCACUGUUGACGUGGCCGGAGUGGACUUUGCCAAACUUCUCGCUACUUGUGGCAACCGCUGGUCGAAGGUUUUUGUUGUUGAUUUCCCCCCCCGCCUGGUUGUUGACGCCCAACACCAGGACCUGCUGAGGCAAGAAUAUCGACGUGUGGCUGCUCGUAUGGGUGUGAAGUACUUCACUGCUGUGGAGCACUUCCCCCUGAGCAAUCUGGUUUUGUGGAGCAAGGACGGUGUCCAUCUGAGUGAUCGAGAGGGGAUGGGGAUCCUCGUCCAGUUGCUCUGGUCUGCUGCCAUUGAGCAACUGGAGACACCACCUCCUACGCCCCGGGUCUCUCCCAAGCCGUCACCUCCAGUUAGGAAAGUCACUCCUAAACUGGUUGUGAGGGAGAGUUUCCGUGCUCCACCCAGCCCUGUACCCCGUGAGUGGAGGACCAUCGGUCAGGGCGGCAAGACGAGCCAUCCUCGGGAACCUCCCCAGUCCAGAGGUUCAGCCCAGCUCAGGAUGGCUCACCAGCAGGAGGAGGAGAGCUUUCUUCCACUGAACCCCAUCUAUUUCAGUGGCACAGCCCUAAGUGCCAUGGAGAAAGUCUCUCCUUCUCACCUGUCUUGCCUGGCGGACUUUAAGCCUUCUCCAAAGCCUAAGAAGGUGGCGUCCUCUACUGUUAAAUGUCGGUCCCGCCCGCGUGACAGAACCCCUCCCUGCCCCCGUUCUCCAGUGAACGAGACGGCUGGAACGCCUCCAGCCUUGCGUUCCUGGAGAGCGGAGGACGACGCCCCUUUAGACCCUGCUUCCUCAGCUCAGGCGGUGGCUGCUCCGGCAGCAGUGAGACGGCCCAGGACCAUGGAUGGGCACCCCCCCCACUUCCCAACUGCAGUGUACAAUCUGGUUGACUCACCCCCAGCCAGACUGUCCUGCAGUUUGGGUGAGACAGACACCCCCCUCUGUUCUCCCAUUACCAAGACGGCCAGGGUUCUGACCCCCUCACCAGAUGGACAGGCCUGGACCAUCACAGAUGCAAACUGUGAUCCUCCUUCACCUGAGAAAAUGGCGCGAACACCGACUCCAUCCCAGGACCAGUCACCCUGGUUCAUGACGGCUGCAUCCACCUCAACUGAAGCACCUACAGAAGAGGAUACAACCAGGAGCAAGACUCAGCGUGUGGAGUCAAUCCAGGCCAGUCACUGUCAGGAUGACGAUAAGUAUGACGUAUUCUCGCGUAACCAUCAGUGCAGCUGUAAUGCACUGACAUUUUUGGCAUUCCACGCUGAGGGCUGUCAUUUAACCAGGACUGUACUCGAUAGAGUCCUGGAACUGGGAGACUCGUUGUAUACUAAGACCAAAUGGAAGCUGAUUCUUGACAAAACCUUCCAGAGCAAUCACCUGACAGUUGAAGAGAUGCCAGGUGAAGUCUUAACAGACAGACGUUCAUAUUAUGUCAGUAAGAGUGACAUCUUUUGUGGCUGUCUGAAAGCAUCCAGUCUGGGAGUACUGCAGUUGGGGCUGCCGCUUGCCACCCAGCUGGAGUGUCUAACAGCAGAGGUCAGCCAUGCUUUAAUCCUUGUCGCUCCGGAGGUCAUUGCCGUUUUCCGUAACAAGUCUGGGGGUUAUGGAGUGUUUGAUUCCCACUCCAGAGACCAUAGAGGCUUACCUUCUUAUCAUGGCAAGGCGAUUGUCAUGACUUUCACAGAACUCUGUGACCUGGCUGACCACCUCCACACACUCUUCAGAGAUCGUGGAGAAUCUGCUACUUACGAGUUUGUCCCCGUUUCCUUUCACACUGACAGCCCCAGUGACCAUCCUCAACAAUCUGCGGGAACUGAAGUCCUUGAUGACCUUUCUGAAACUGCUCUCCCUGUAUUGCAGUCAGAUAGUGCGACAGCUGUCUCAGGUAAGAUUGAGGAUGACCUUAGAAGUUCACCAGCUGUCCCACAGGCAUCAGUAAAGCUCUCCAAAAUGAGCAAGGACCGGAGGAAAAAAGCCAUGAGGAGAACACGACAACAACAGGCACCAGCUGAAGACAAAGCGGUGUCUCAAGGACUCAGACGGAAAAAAAAGAGCGAUGAUGAAAGGAUGAGGUAUGCCAGUUGUGCCGAAUUUCGCCGUAAAAGAAUUCAGGCACAGAAAAUUCACUAUGUGGAGGACAGCCAUCGUGAACAACGGCUGUCGUCAUUUCAAAGUUAUUAUGCAAAAUUUAAAAUGCAAAUAAGAGAACGGUUCGUAAAGCGAUACCAUACAGAUCUUGCAUUUCAGGGCAGGCAGAAAAAGUACCUUGUCCAGAGGUACCGUAGCGAUCUUUCUUUUCGGACCGAACAGAAAAACUACCUUGUCCAGAGGUACAACACCGAUCCUGCUUUUAAGAGUAGACAGAAAAAGUACCUUGUCCAGAGGUACAAGAUGGAUCCUGAGUUUAGGCUACAUCACAUCCAACGCUGUAGCCAACUCAGAAGACGCAAGUUGGCCACCGACACUGGCUUUCAACUGCGUAUGAAAUGGCAGAGAGCACUGAGCAUCAAGAGGAAAUACCGACACCUCGGACCCCCUCACCAGCCAGUGCUCAAUUCUCAGAUGUCGGCAGCAAUAGCAGCAUUUCGUGCAACCGUCAGUCAUGGACCCACGUAUGUCUGCACAGUCUGCCACAGGACAAUGUUUCCGAAUCAAGUCAAGCGAUGUAAGAGAGAGAAAUACUCCGCCAAUGUUAAAGUGGCAGAAGCUUGCUUGACCGGAAGCUAUGUUCAUGUUUGUGACGCCGAGUGUUCCUUUCCUUGCUCUUUUCCGCCAGAGAGACUGCAGGAGUGGAUCUGCCACAAUUGUGACAGCCAUCUCAGCAGAGGGAGGAUCUCGACACAUGCAGUAGCGAACAAUUUGGAGUUGGCACCCAUUCCCACGGAGCUGGCCAAACUCAAUGUGCUGGAAAGACAGCUCAUCGCGAAAAUCCUUCCAUUUGCGAAAAUAAUCGCCUUGCCGAAAGGCCAGCAGAGAGCUGUCCACGGAGCUGUCGUGUGCGUUCCGUCAGAAGUGGAAAACGUCGUCAAUAGUCUUCCACGUCCCCAGAGCGAAGCACAGCUACUGCAGGUGAAGUUGAAGCGUCACAUUCGUUUCAAAGGCUACCAGCACUUCUACACUGUCAGCAUGAAGAACGUGCUGGCAGCCCUGGCAAAACUCAGAGAGCAACAUUCUGAGUACGCGGACGUGACCAUCAAUGAGGAGGCCACGUUCGAAACCUUUCUCCACAAGCCGGACGACGACCAAGACUUGCAGCACGACCGCACAGAUGCUGCACAGUGGGGAGAGGACAGCAUGCUUGAUGAGGAGCUGCUGCAAGCGUCAGAGACAGACGCACAACUGAGUCAGCAGCCCGACCGAGCUGACCGACAAGGGGAGGAGUCGAGACCUGGUGUUGCUCCGGACACCGACAUGCCGUCACCAGACUUUAGACGGGAAAUCCUGUCCGAGGAUAUCGCGGGGGAAACUGUCUUCGACGACCAAGACUCGCAGCAUGACGGCUCAGAUGCUGCAGAGUGGGGAGAGGACAUUCUCGACGAGGAGCUGCUACAAGUGUCUGACAGCUACACUGACCUAGACCAGGGCAAUUUAGCUGUAGACACAACCGCUGAACAGCAGGAGGAGCUAAGACCUGGUCUUGCUCUGGACACCUGCAUGCAGCCACCGGAUAUAUCGCAAGAAAUCCUUUCUUAUGGUGACGGCAUAUUCAGUGUUGCCCCCGCCCAAGGCAACAAACCAGUGGGAUUCUUUGCGAUCCCCAAACUGGAAGCAAUGGCAUUUCCCAUCCAGUUUCCCACAGGGGAGAACACGCUGGAUGAAGACAGGCCCGUCAAACUGUCUCCCAGCAGGUACUUCAAUGCCAGGCUCUUUGGGGCAGAUAGACGCUUUGCUGAAGACCAGAGCUAUCUUUUCUUUGCGCAGUUUGUGACUGAGACGCACAUCGCGAGAAGCAGCAUGUCCAUUCAGAUGCGUAAAGGAAAGAAGCUCACUAAAGAUGGGAGUGUCAUCAAGAACUCCAUGCUCCAGGACAAAGAGGAGGUGGAGAGAUUAAUUCAGGCAAAAGAGGCCACACGGUUCAUGCAGCCUCUCAGAGGCACGCCUGCGUAUUGGCACAAAAGCCUGAAAGAUCUUCACGCGAUGCUCAGGCAAAUGGGCAAACCAACAUUCUUUGUGACCUUCUCGGCGGCUGAGAUGAGAUGGCCUGAAGUCAUUCAGGUUAUCAAAGCUCAGCAAGGUCAGACACUUGGAGACUUUUCAGAGCUGGACUGGAAAGCCAAGUGUGACAUUCUGCGCAGCAACCCCGUCACAGUGAUGCGCAUGUUUGAAAAGCGGGUCGACUCUCUGAUGUCGGAUCUAAUCCUCUCAACGGCGCAGCCAAUAGGCGAGGUAGAGGAUUUCUUUUAUCGUGUGGAGUUUCAGGCUAGAGGAAGCCCACACAUACACAUGGUGGUCUGGGUUAAAAAUGCACCUGUCUAUGGUGAGGAUACCGACUACAAGGUGUGCAAGUUCAUCGACCGCUACAUUUCCUGUCAGAUGCCUGACCCCGAGACGGACCCGGAGCUCCAUAAAAUUGUCUCUGAGGUUCAGGUGCACAGCAGGAACCACUCCUCGUCCUGCAGGAAGGGAAAUGUGUCGUGUCGCUUUGGCUUCCCCAAGUUGCCGAUGGAUGUCACUUGGAUCAGUGAGCCGUGCACCGUUGAUUUGCAAAGCGACGGUGUGGAAGAAGGUAAAGAUCAGGAAGGGCAGAGAAAGGUAUGGAAAGCGAUGGUCCAAAGGCAGCAAAAGGAGGCCAAGGAUAAGCUUCAGGUAAUCAGGCGUGUCCUCAUGGAUCCGAACGCCUCGUUCGAAAGCUUGUCAGAUCUCCUCCGCCAUUGCGACUUGGAGCACGAGGCAUAUAUGAAACUAGCCGAAAACCUGACAAGCGGUAGUGUAAUCCAUCUGAAGCGACAUCCGAAGGAUUGUUGGGUCAACGCGUACAACCCAGACCUGCUCCGCGCUUGGAACGCCAACAUGGACAUCCAGUACGUCCUCGAUGAGUACUGUUGUGCCAUGUACAUGAUGUCCUACAUCAGUAAGCCGGAGCAUGAGAUGACAGAGCUCCUGAAUAAUGUCAUCAUGACCACCAGAGAGUCCGACAUUAACCAGCGCGAUGAGAUGAAGACCAUCAUGCAGGCAUACGCGAAGCACAGGGAGGUAAGUGCCCAGGAGGCGGUGGCUCGCACGUGCAGUCUACCGCUGAAAAAGUGCUCGCGGUCAGUCAUCUUUCUUUCUACUGAUGAAGAGGGCCUGAAGAUGAGUCUUCCCAUGAAUCGACUCAUGGAUUUGGCACCAGAGUCUGAGGAGGUCUGGAUGUUGGGGGUGCCUGACAAGUACCUCUAUAGACCGCAGACUCGCGAGUUCGAAGUCAUGUGUCUGGCCGAGUUCGCGUCGGACUACAGGGUAGUCUAUGGCCAGCAAGCACAGCGGGAAAGUGCCAUACCCCUUCUUGACGACAAAGGCUUCAUCGCAAAGAGGACGACGGGAAAACCAGCAGUCAUCCGAUUCGCCCGUUUCUCUGAAACCAAGGUGCCAGAGAAGCACUUCAGACGACUGCUGAAGCUGUACCUCCCCCACAGAUCCGACUACGAACUGAAGGACGAGGGUCACCCCACGUACGAACAGUUCUACAAACGUGGUCGAUGGCGGGGAAACACCGUCAGACGUAUCGUGGACCGUAACAUGGAGCGAUACGAAGGAAAAGGCGCAAAUAUGGACAAGGCACUCCAGAGCGCUCAGAGUGGUGCUGUCCUCAAUGCGUGGAACACCUUCGCGCCCGAGGUUGAGGUGGACCGGGACGAGUGUCUUAAUCUGCGAGAAAUCAUCCCGGAGGAGCACGAAGAAGACGCUGUCCCCGACUACGAAGUCCUGGAUGUUGGGGAACCGAUUCCCAGAAUCGAGGCGCCUCGGCUGAGUCCGGACUUUGCCCGCAAGAUGUUUCAGAGUCUGAAUGAGACCCAGGCCUGCGUCUUCUACAGCGUUCGGCAGUGGUGCCUUCGACGCGUGUGGGGCCACGAUCCAGAACCGUUUCACUACUUUGUCUCGGGUGGAGCUGGUUGUGGCAAGUCCCACGUCAUCAAGUGCAUUCAUGAGGAGGCAACAAGGAUUCUUCGAGAGCUCCCCAGAUUCCGUGACAUGGCCGACAUGUCCCAGCCCGCUGUGCUGUUGACCGCGUUCACAGGCACAGCAGCUUUCAACAUCGCUGGAAAAACGUUGCACUCCGUCCUCAAGCUCCCAAGGUCACUGGAGCCGCCGUACCAGGGCCUGGGCAAUGCACUUGAUGAAGUCAGAGCGACCUUAUCUUCCGUCGAAAUUCUGGUCAUCGACGAGAUCUCCAUGGUUUCCAAGAAGCUGUUUGCCUACGUCAACUGGCGAUUUCAGCAGAUCAAGGGAAACCGGAAACCAUUCGGUGGAAUUUCUGUCCUCGCCGUUGGCGACUUUUACCAGCUUCCACCACUGGGUAGAGCCAAGCCGCUCUGCAUUUACGAGGAGACGGAGUUUGAUCUCUGGAGAGAUCACUUCAGCAUGGUCAACCUGACGGAGAUCAUGCGCCAGAAGGACGACCGAGCUUUCGCUGAACUCCUCAACCGACUGCGAGUCAAGCACAAGAAAGAUGCUCUGAGUGACCAUGACAGACGGUUGCUCAUGCAGGCAGUCACCGAUGGCAAGGAUUGUCCAGCAGAAACGCUGCACAUCUUUGCCACUAACAAACAGGUGGACAGUCACAAUGCGGCGACCGUAGCCGCUGUGCUCGAAGAUGACGUCAACAUUGUUGCAGAAGACUACAGGAAAGACGUCACGACGGGCACAAAGGUGCCUGUGCACAAGGUCAAGGGCACCAAGAGAGAUUUGCCUGACAGCAUACUGGCUGCUCAAGGAGCACGCGUUAUGCUGAUCAGGAAUCUCAACGUGGAGGAUGGUCUUGUCAACGGAACCUUCGGAACCAUCUCCAAUAUUGUGACUGAGAGACAUGAACCAAGAACUGUUAGGCUUCUUGGUCUGCAGCUGGACAACCCCACGGCAGGACAGACUCUUCGGAAGAAGCUUCUUGGCCCCUCGGACAACUUGGCGUACAUCGAGAGAUCCGAGGAGAGCAUUGGGAACAAGGGCGGAGUUGUGAGACGUCAGUUCCCCAUCAAGCUAGCCUUUGCGUGUACGGCUCACAAAGUUCAGGGAAUGACAGUGACGUCGGCUGUUGUGAGCCUGAAACGUGUCUUUCAACCGGGAAUGGCGUAUGUGGCACUCAGCCGCACCACAUCGCUUCAAGGUCUCACGGUUAUGGACUUUGACGAGAAGAAGAUCUACGCUGACCCGGCAAUCACAGCCGCUCUGGAACAGAUGCGCAGUGCAAGUUUCCAGAGCACCACUCCGCUGCUGCAUCACAUGAAGUCGACUGAGCGAACAGAGACCACUGUGACAAUCGUCCACCACAACACACAGGGGCUUCCAUCUCACAUGGUGGACCUGAGGGUGCAUCACGAACUCAGGUUGGCAGAUGUGUUGUGUCUCACCGAGACGCAUCUGUCAGGGUCCCCUGUAUCGGAGUCCUUCUUUCUGGAGGGACACAACAUUUUUCAACGCAGUAGACGGGCGUCUUACACCGCAUGUCCGGACAUGGCGGCAAAAGCCGGUGGUGGAGUUGCUGUGUACUGCAAGAGCACUCUGGCGGCAGAGUCUCCGAGGUGCAUGCAACAUGUCACAGACCUUGAAUGUCUCAUUAUUAAAAUUGACGCACCAGUCAAAGUGUUAAUAGCCACUGUGUAUAGACCCCCAGAUUUCGGUUUGCAAAAGUUUUUGCCAAACCUCAACACCCUCUUGGACACAUUAGAACUCAUGGAUCACCAGCCCAUCAUUGUUUGUGGUGAUUUCAAUGAAGACCUCCUUUCCAAAGGCAAAAAAAGCAUCAGAGAUGCACUCCUGUCCAGAGGCUACACACAGUUGAUCACAGAGUCUACUACAGACAAGAACACCCUGAUUGAUCACAUGUACAUUUCCCAACCCGCUAAAUGUGUUCAGUCAGGUGUUCUCCAAACAUAUUAUAGCUAUCACAGUCCCAUCUAUUGCAUUUUGACUGGCUAAAACUCUUUUUUUCCACCGCGUUUAUCAAUGCCAUCACGUUUAUUGGCCGUUUUAAAAUAUCUAAGGAGACUCAGCAUUCUGCGCUUGUCACACGGUUCCAGUGUCGUGUCAUGUGUUUUCAUGUGACAUGUUUCCCGCGUCGUCUUGUGGCACAUUUCGUGUCACACGGUUCAAGUGUCAUGUCAUGUGUUUUCAUGUGACAUGUUUCCCGCGUCGUCUUGUGGCACAUUUCGU